GGGAAGUCAGAUAACCAUUCUUAACAUACUCGAGCCCACCCAAACCAUUCAAGAGAAAUUCAACCAAACGAGCACAACAGAUCUAGCUUUUAUCGAUCAACUCUACCAGGCGCUACCCUCACUUCUUGCACCCUUGGUUAUUUCCGACCUCAAGUCACACAUAUCGAUGGGACUUAAACACCGCGAGUUCCUGUCUGGUUCCCGAAUCUUUGGAUGCAGUACUUGUCGAACUCAUUUGGCGACGAUUGACAAUAUGAUAUCCAGGCAAUUCAACGGCCAACACGGCCGGGCCUAUCUAUUUACGAACGCAGUGAACAUCAGUUUAGGCGAGGCGGAAGACCGACCGAUGACGACGGGGCUGCAUACGGUCCGGGACAUCUUCUGUGCUAAGUGCGGGACGACGAUGGGCUGGAAGUACGAGCGGGCUUACGAUCAGAAUCAGAAGUACAAGGAAGGGAAAGUCAUCCUCGAAAAGGCUCUCUUGGUCGACGUCGUUUGAAGCUGCCCUUGAUCCCCCCUUCCUUCGUGUACAAUUUUCACCACCUCCGAACUGUUGUUGUCUUUUUAUUAUAACUGGUCUGUAGUUUCUUUCUUCAGCUAGGGACCUCAGAUGUAUUAUUAAGUCCUCCCUAUCUCACAAGACGCAGGGAAAUCUUAAAGAAGGAAAUCUUUGUCCGACCCUCCGGCGUACUUGUCGAGGAAGGUUCAAAUGGGAGCACUGGACUGCGCAUUCUCCCUCAAGCUCCUUAUACAUAACUCCCCAUGCCCUUUGCUUCACUCAGACACAUACAUUUAUUCCUAAUUCGAAGCGUCAAACGCUUCUUGUAAUCUUCUGCACACACCAAUUCACCAGUCGCCUCACACUCUCAUCUUUCACCAGAAAUUUCAAACCUUACUUCAACAUGCCAUCAUUUUAGUCGUCGACCGACGAUUGUUUUGCUUACUUCAGCAGUCAUUCACCCUGCUGCUGCUGUAAAACCUGUAGGAUUUGGAUACCAUUGCUAAAAUAAAAGUCAGCCUGAGGGGAAAUCAAUUGAUAAUAGAAAAG